AUGGUUUAUCCUGUGCGACGAAACGACAUUGCAGUGAAGGAGAACUCCCCGGUGGGAACAGUGGUUGGACAAGUAUCAGUACGUGAUGCCGAUCUAACGGAAGCUAACCGUAGAGUGCGCUUCCUGUUGCGUGGCCGUCCUGAGGACCUCUUCUUAGUGGACAUUGACCGUGCCACUGGACAACUAAGCAUGCGUCGUCCUGUAGACUUCGAAAAGCAGUCUUCUAUCUCUCUUACCGUCAUCGCCGAGAAUGAAGCGCCACUUGCCACCCCGUCUGUUGGCGGUAGCUCGAUGACUACCGCCGCCUACCACACCGAGGCUAGCGUGAUAAUCUCUGUACUGAAUCUCAACGACAAUCGGCCUGAGUUCGUGCUUAUCUCGCCUCACCGAAAACAUAUCAUCUUCGCCUGGGAACAGUUGCCUCUUCCAGGUGCCAACCAGACGCUGAGGGACCAGCGACGUUUCUGCGAACCUAUACCUUAUAGAGUCAUUGAUAGAGACUGCGAUCCAACAAGUCGAGCUGUUUGUUGCACGCUGGAGCUGGACGACACAUUCGAUGGAAUGUUUGGACUCUACGAGGAAAUUCCAAACGUCUUGUGUGCGCUUAAAAGGCCUCCUCAACCUCAGAGCUUCAAACUAUUGCUGAAAGCUCAUGACGGUACUGGAAACGACAGUCUGUCUUCCCAAAUUCAGCUUUCAGUAAUAGUGAAGAGCGAACCAGACUACACAAAGUUCAUUCAAAAGGGUUCGCCGGUGGCUUCGCCACUGGGCUCUCGAAUAAGUGCAGUUGAGGGCGGUGCAGCAGCGCAAGAAGGCGGAGGUGCGAAAGGAACCAUGUCCGGAGGCCCUAGCCACGGGAGCCGGCAAGAUCCACCCCUGAGGGCGCAGGAGAACAUAAACAGAGGCGAAAAGCUCUCCGACGCGGUCGCACCUUCCUCUUCCCCGACAUUUCCGCCUUCCUCCCAUCAAAUGAAAGUAAUUUCCGUCCUCGUCUCCAUUGCUGGCAUCUUCUGCAUACUCCUCCUCUUCAUUAUUGCAGCUCUCAGAUGCGGUCUCCUUGAUAGUCAGCGUGAGUGGAAAAUUAUUACGGACUUCUUCUCUCACUCAACUUUUCCCGUACAAAUAAGUACCAAAACCGUUAUGCCUCAUGGAAUGUCAGCUGGUUAA